CACGCAACUCCCUCAGUCGCAGACGAUACACUGCUGUUCGAAGUAGAAGUUAUGUUUGUUUUCAUUCGUGUUCAUUCUCAUACUCUGACAUGUGUUGGAUAGUUAUAUUCAUUUGAAACUGGUUACAAUUAAGGAAAUGGUAGCCGCCCUGUAGGCCCUAUCGGAGCCUGACUGGGGCGGCUCUGAAGGAUGAUUAACGCACCGGGGCUGACCCCCGGGACAUGGUUGAUCUUAGCGGCCCUGCUUGGAACAUUACUGCUUCAAAAAAUUGAGGGAAAACCUGUGACGCAUCAAAUAUUGGCCCCAGAGUUUAUCCUCUGAUUUGGUGGUAUCAGAAGUGAAGAAAGCGUUCAAAGUUUGGAGCGAUGUAUCUCUUCUCACCUUCAGUAAAGUGGAGGCAAACGAUGCUGACAUCGUUGUUUCUUUUGAGCGUGGACAACACGGUGAUGGAUAUGCAUUCGAUGGCAGAGGUGUUGUUCUAGCCCAUGCCUUCUUUCCCGGUGAAGGAAUCGGUGGAGAUGCACACUUUGAUGCUGAAGAACCAUGGGUCGAUCGACAGCCAUCUGCUGGAAUAGAUGGUGUGAGGUUGUUUGCUGUGGCCGCUCAUGAGUUUGGACAUUCCCUGGGCCUUUCCCAUUCAUCGGUGUCUGGAGCUCUUAUGAAUCCAUUCUAUCAAGUCAUUCAGGACAACUUUCAACUACCCCACGAUGACACUGUCGGCAUACAGAUGCUCUAUGGGGCCAGGAACCCAACAAAGUGGGUGCCACUUUCUCCAUACAUUCCACCACCAACGACGAGCACGCCGACGCGGCGGCCGAUUCCUGGACAUCCAGGUGGCACGCAUCCAGUGGACAGACCUCCCCCGAGACAGCCACCCUCUACAUGCAACACAACCUUUGACGCUAUAUCUGUGAUCAGAAGAGAAACAUUUAUUUUCAAAAACAAUUUUUUCUGGAGAUUGAACAGUCUAGGUUUGAUGAAAGGUUAUCCCGUAAAAAUUGAGCAAUUUUGGCAGGAAGCAGAAUUACAGCAUAUUGAUGCAGUCUAUGAACGUCCUGUUGACACAAAAAUUGUAUUUUUCUCUGGGAACAAGUUUUGGCUUUUUAAUGGAAAUAGAAAAGAAUAUGGUUAUCCCAGACCUCUCACUGACCUAGGUCUGCCUCCUGAUCUCAAAAAGAUCGAUGCUGCUUUCGUCUGGGGAUAUAAUGGCAAGACUUAUCUCUUCUCUGGUACUCAGUACUGGAGGUAUGACGAGUCAGAGGGGAGGGUGGAGUUGGACUACCCUCGAGACAUGGCCAUGUGGAGAGGAGUUCCCUAUCACAUUGAUGCUGCUUUUCAACAUACAGAUGGUCAUACAUACUUCUUCAAAGGAAGGAAGUUUUGGGAAUUCAAUGAUAAACAGAUGACUGUAAAGAAAGGAGGAAAGUACAGUGAUGUGAAUCAAUACUGGUUCAGAUGUCCUAGUCGGUCGGAACAACAUCCAGAACUGGAAGAAGGAGGCAGUAAGGAGGAGACAAUGACAUCCUCGAGUGUGUCGCACGUCCACUCAGACUUAGUGAUCAUUGUGGUGACGCUUUUCCUAUACAAAAGAAGACUCAAUUUAUUUUUAUAAGCGCAACUUAUUAUUUUAUAAGCUGUGUGUGAUCUCUUAAGGGUGAUACUUUCCGUGAAGUAUUCUUAAUUUAUUACAAUUUUUUAUUCAAAUUGUGUGUUAUUAAUGUAUUCAGAAUGUUAAGAGAGCUUCAAAGGGACGACCUCAGUGGAAAAACAUGUUCUUUGCAGACGCAAUUCUUCUCAUAGCGUGUUAGAUCAAAUUUUGUCCUUCUCUAGUCAGCUGCUGAUUAUGAAAAAUGACACUAAAUGUCAUUUAUCAAAGCAUAAUUUUUUUUGGAAAAGGUUUAUAAUCUAAUUUUCACUGUUGUUUCGUAGACUGCCGUCCUAUUGAACAAUGCCUUUUAGCAACCAAAGAUGUUGUUUUUAGAACUCUUAUGAGAUUGUAACAGUUAUCCGUAACUGUUGAGUUUUCUUUAUCUCUGGUCAGUGUUCUUCAGGCUGAUCGUAAAAAUGAUUCUGAAUGUCAAACGAAAUCUUUUGAAAAUAAUUCAUAAUCUAAUUUUCAAUUGUUAAAAGGUUUUUUUUUAAGACUUUCUCAUCAUGUGCUAUUCAUGACUGUCAGGUCUGUCCAUCUAUAAAAAAUGACGCAUUAUUUUUAAAUGAAAAAAGUUAGUAACCGAAUUUUUCAAUAUUUAAAAAGCUAGGCUCAUAAAACUAUGCAAAUUGAGAAUUAUUUAUAGAUUUCUGCCUAAUUUGUAAUUUUUUUUUAAAGCUUAAUAUUUUCGUUAGACAUAUGCAAUUUUUUGUCGGUUUUAAAUCCCAGUAAAUUUCUUCUCAGUGAUAUAGAAAUAAAAGUUCAAGACAUGGCUUAUUUUCCUUUGGGGCUUCAAAACUAUCUUUGACUUAGCAAAGCAGUGUUUGUUACAGCAGAUAAUUCCUCUUACAGUCACUGCAAAUAACAUUCUCCCUAGAUGUUUAUGUUAGAUAAGAAUAUCAAUGAGGAACGUUUGCACAGAAAUAUGAGAGGGUUAAAUACAGGUUAAAAUUUUACUCAACAUGUUCUUCCACUGUGAGUUUGAGAGGAAAUUCUCUUUCACCUUCAUUUCAAUUUAUAGCAAAGUGAAUUCAGAUAAACAUAGAAAUCUCAAAUGCUAAUUUGUUUUUAAUAGCAAAAUGUAAACAAAUUACGGAAGUCCAUUGUGUAAUCCUGUCUAUAAUUUGUUUGCAUUUUGAAAAGGAAUACCCGCAACUGUAUCUCAAUCCCCAAUAGUUGUUGAAAUGUGGCACUUGUUUAUGUCAGCAACUGUUCUUUUCAUUUUAUUUCGAGUAAGCCAAGCCCGUCAAAUAUCAAUUCUCUUAAGUAACACAGCCUAUAUUCUUUCCCUAUAUAUUAACACGAAUACUUAACACAAAGACAGGCAGGAAGUCACGUGGAACAUAAAUGUACUAAUUAUGCAUCGAAGUUGCCAAAACAAAAAUAUAUCACAGUUAGAACAGGGUGCAUAGCGUUUUUAAAAAGUGCUUCACUUUUCCUUUUUCAAAAUGAGAUUUUUCUUUUACUAUGAUGAUUUUCGCUACGAAUUAUGCAAAAAGACACUUUGUUCUAUUCAACGUUUUCACAAUUAAUUCAACCCCUAUCUAUUUCAGUGUAGUGUCAGUCCCUAGCGUAUGAAAACGCCAUUCGUUUUACAGGCUUAAAAAAUUUCAUGAUUUUUGACAAUUGUCAAUAACAAUGCCAAAAGUUUUUUUUUUUCUUUGACAUGACGGUUAAAACCGUCAAUUGUCAAAAACUUUCCAACCCAGUCUAGUUAUAAUAUAUUUUUUUAAGUACUUAAAAAUAUUUUUUGUUGAGUAAUUUGGCUACACACCCAGAAUAAAAUACAUAAAUAUUAAAGAUAAAGAUUAGCUGAUGUCACAUGUGUGGGUAGGGGAGGUCGUCUUCUUGAACAUUCAUUUUAAAUGACUUAAGUAGGUGAAAGAGAAUUUACCACAAAAAUUCUCUUAAAUUAUACUAGUUUUCUUGCAUUUGAUGGCUCUCAGAAUUUCUUUUCUUUUUUUUGCAAUUUUCUUCUCACAUUUAUUUGCCUGAGAAGAAAAUUAUGUGAUCUCAACGUACAAUACAAUAUGCUUUUAUUACAAUACAGGAAAAACUUUUUCUUUUUGAAACUUUGUAAAAUUUAAAAAGUAUUUUUUAAGUGUUAAUGGAACUGUAUUGAUCUAAAAUUACCAGACAAUAAAACUUUCCAUUGAAUUUUCAUCUUCA